UUCUUCUCCUUCUCCUUUUCAUUUUUCUUCUCUUCUAAAUCACUGAAAUCUCUUGAAAUCGAACUCAAUCCGUCAAAAUCAAAACCAAUCCUAUCUGAAAUCAAACCCAAUUCAUGAGAUCUGUUGAAUCCAAUCUUAUAUAUGAGAUGGGUUCUCACAAAUCAAAACCCGUAUUUCAGAAGGAAACUUCAAUCUUCGGUAACCCAAAUUUGGUUUUAAACCUAGAUAUAUGAUUUUCUCCUUCAGAAGCCCUAUAUGUAUUCUCUGAAUUUUUAUGAAUUUGAGUUUGAUUUCUGUAUAUCUUGACAUAUGUUUAGUUUUAAUUUUUGUAUUUAUAAGGAGACAAACUCAUUUAGGUUUAAGAUUUAUAUGGCCCUUUCACGUUUGGGUGUUGUAUUGGUUUCUUUUAAUUGAAUUUAAUCACAUAUAUAUGAGAUUUAUGGGGUUUGUGCUGAGUUAAUCUGGAUUUUUUGGUUUCCCAGAUCCAUGAAGUUAUUGAUUCUGAGAAAGAAUGAAAGUGAGAAGAAUGACCCUUUGGUUAUUCAGAAAGAGAUGGAGUUUCACACCUUAUUGAUUAUGAUUUGAUGAAUCAAUAAGGGAACGACCUAGGUGUCGAUCCCCCAGCCUUUAAUUGGUUGGUUGUUCAUAUGACCUAUUUGACUUUAUUGCAGCAGAAUUAGCAAAUACCGUUUUAGUAAUUGUGGUAUGCGAAAUGAAUUCAGUGUAGGAAAAGGGAAUGAUGGUGCUUCGAGAUCGUCCUGUUAUGGAAUUGUGCUAAUGGUGUAUAAGUCCCUUUUCACUAUCCACAUGCCUCCAGAGCUGCAAGGGUGGAAUAGGUCCUGCUGGGCAUUCGGCUAGUGUAAAUUGUUGAUUCUUAGUCGAGUGCUGAACUUAGCAAACCAAGUUAGGUAAGGAGUAUUGCCCCAGUAAAGGCUGUGACGCUCAAGUUGUUGCCUCCCCUGGGCAUGUUAGUGACUGCACAACAUAUAGCGAGAGGUGCGAAGGGGAUUAUAAUGAUGCCUAUAGAGGAUCCUUUUUGUUACAUAAGUCCACAAGAUGCUUUUAAUCUUUAAUGUGCUUGUUGCACUAAUUAUAUGGCAGAUGAUGGAUGAAAUCCAAUACCGCGUGAAGCCAUCUCCAAAACCAGACAACAUGAAUUUGAAUGAGAUGCUUGCAGCAGAUGUUGUCAUGGGAACUUAUCUUGCAUUAGUUACCGUCUUAUUUUACUAGACAGUGACAGAGACAAUAUUCUUUGAGAUUGUUGACUCACUUCCAUUUGAGGUCUCUAAACUUAACUAACGGGGAAGUGCCAUCAGCUGUAUAUCUAUAAGUCAGAGUCAUCAGCCAAAUCAAAGUGAAUGGAUAAAUUUGGAUUAUGUAAGGUGGCAAGUCUUCUUUAUUAUGAUGUCGAUACAGGGUUUGGUGUUCAUUCAAUUUUUCUUAAUGGGGAACAAACGAAUAAGCCCGAGACCCUGGUAUAGUACCAAGGAAAAGCUACCAUGACAGCACCAACCGAGUCAGUCCAGUGUUUCAGGCGUAAGAAGACAGCAGUAGCUGUAACUCAGUGCAAGAAAGGUCGUGGUUUAAUCAAGAUAAAUGGAAGUCCAGUCGAGUUGGUUGAACCAGAGAUUCUUCGAUUCAAAGCUUAUGAGCCGAUUCUCAUAUUAGGUCGUCAGAGAUUUGCUGGUGUUGAUAUGAGAAUUAGGGUUCGUGGUGGUGGUCAUACUUCACAGAUUGAUGCUAUUCGUCAGAGUGUUGCCAAAGCCUUAGUCGCUUAUUACCGGAAGUAUGUUGAUGAACAAAAAAUGAAAGAGAUCAAAGAUAUACUUGUCAGGUAUGAUCGUACUCUACUUGUUGCUGAUCCAAGAUGUUGUGAACCUAAGAAGUUUGGUGGUCGUGGUGCUCGUUCUAGGUUUCAGAAGUCUUACCGUUGAUUUACCCAGGUUUAUUUUUAUGUAAUUUGGAGUUCAAGUUAAACUAAUUUUCUAAGAAUUUUGAGAGAAAUUUUGUUGAUUUGAUUGAAUUUUGAGAGAAAUUUUGUUGAUAUAGUUCUUUUUCGGUUUAAGAAAGUGUGGGUUUGUUAAUGGCUUUAAAUGUUCGGGACGAGUGAUGUCUUACCAUGUCAGGGUUCAAUAUCAUUUGUAAUACUGGAAUUCUGAAAACUUUGUAAUUUUCUUUUUAAUUCUAAUAAAAUAUUUUGCAACGUA